UUCUUCGCAACCGAGAAGAUGAAAUCUCAUCAAUUCCGUCCACUCACUCCACACCCUUCUUUCUCAUCAUCCUCGUAUUCAGCGCUCACGAGUUACACCACUUCGACUUAUCGGGUUAGCUUCUUAUCUCGGUCUUAGCUUGAGAAGAGAUACUUUCCUUGAAGCUGAAGCUAAGCUGAGCCUAUCUCACCUGCAUACGAGUACCAAUCUCAAAAAUGGACCCCGCACCUAACCCCUCCGAAGACCCGAUUGUCACGCUUUUAGAGAGCUACAAUGAUUUCAAUAGCGCCCAAAUCACCGUUCUCUACGAAGAGCCAUCUGCAUUAGAAUUUAUGCGAUAUGUGGCUAUCAAUCGACCUUUUGUCGUUCGUGGUGCUGCGAAUGAUGUAAGUCAAGGAUAUUUUUCCUAGCGCAUCCUUUCUUGCUGCUGCCUUUUUAAUUUAGUUCGUCUGCACGUUUGCUUCAAAGUUUUCACUCUUUCUGAUUCGAAAUUUACUAUUCGAAUGUUGAACUCCCUUUUGACCUCUUGCGGGCUCUCUUAAGAAAAUAGUCAUGUAGGCCGGACUGUUGUAACCAUGUUCAAGCCAACUGAAUGUGGACCUCAAACAUAUUGCUGGCCCCCUUCCUCAGAACACAAAAACCUUGAAAGUUCUGGCCCAGGUGUCCUCUAGGCGAUGGAUGGUAUACUUCUCACCACUCAAUCUCUGCGUUCAACAAUAGAGCCUCAGCAGACCUUUUGUGACGAAAUACUCGAGUACUAACUAUCAAAUUUCAGUGGGAAGCAACAAGAACUUGGAAUGUAGCCAAACUAAACGAGGUUAUGGGCGGACUAGAAGUAAAUGUAGCAAUUACACCAAAAGGGUAAGGAAGUAUUCCCUCUAACCGCAUAUCCAUUUCUAUCUCCAGUUCUCAACCAUUCUCCAACAUAAAAAAGAAGCUAACAUCCCAAAUCAGAAACGCAGACUCCCCAACAAAAGACCCAUCAGGAACCCUCCUCUUCGCAAAACCCCUCGAAGAAAAAGAAGAAUUCACCUCCUUCCUAACCUCCCUCACAACCCAAGAACUCAAGGGUCACACCCCAGGAUCCUCAAUAAAAUACGCACAAACCCGUACAUCCCCCGUCCCAUUCCUUCCACACGCAACUAAACAAAGCACCCAGAAAACAACAACCUAAACUCCGAAUACACCCCCCUCUCCACUCACGUCCCAGCCUCAAUCCCCUUCUCCCGCCUCGCACUGCAAAACCAACCCGACGCAGUAAACCUCUGGAUCGGGAACUCACAUUCCGUAACAGCACUACACAAAGAUCCCUAUGAGAACAUCUACGUCCAGAUUCUGGGGGCGAAGCAUUUCGUCCUGCUACCGCCGAUCAUGUAUCCGUGUAUCAGGGAGAAGGAGCUGAAGAGUGCUAGCUAUGUGAGAGAUUCUGAGGGGGGGCUGAGGAUUGAGUUGGAUGGGGAGGGGAAUGAGAUGGUGCCUUUUGCGACUUGGGAUCCGGAUGAGGGGGGUGGGAGAGAGGGGUAUGAGAGGUUUGCUAGACCGAUGAGAGUUACGUUAGAGAAGGGGGAUAUGCUUUAUUUGCCUGCCUUGUGGUAUAUCUUCCGCGAUUACUUCCCAAUCGCAAACUACCGAUAGCACUGUUCUAACUUUCCACCAAAAAGGUAUCACAAAGUAUCACAAUCCUGCAACGAAGAAGGUCUUUGCUGUGCUGUAAACUACUGGUACGUCUAGCCUUCCCCUUUCCAUGCCAUAUUGCGAUUUUCUCCAUCCCGGUAUCUGUAUUUGUGGCUUACUAACCCAUACGUCACAAAGGCAUGACAUGGAAUUCGGAGGGAGUUUUUAUCCCCUGGUAAACCUAGUAAGAAACCUCACGUUAGCCAAGGAGAAGGAGAAUAAGACAACAGCAGACUCCUCGGAAUAGAGACAGAAAGAACAACAGCAAAACGAGAAUUUUAAAAGUACCUCUUGCUUGCCUUAUAUAGCAGAACCAAACAACACAAUUUCAAAAUGAAUCCUGCUAUAGUAUAAUAGGCCAAGGACUCUCGUCUUUUUUCAAGAAUAUCGAAUACUUAGAGAUCCCGGAAGUAUAGCUAGAAGUGAGAUGGUAGUAGAGGAUAUGUUAAAGGUGGUUUCAGUCACGAAAGGGGUUUAAAAAAAAAGGGUUCUAAUCGGGUUUACGA